AUGACAAACUAUUUCGAUCUAACUGCAGCUGAUGACAUUAAAGAUACCAGCACUGAGUUUACAGAUAGCAUUGAAGAGGAGGUACAGCAUGGCUCUCAUGUACAGAAUUUUAAGGGGGAUAUCGAUGACAAUCUGAUGAGCCAUUCCAGUUAUCCUGCUCUACUGACUUUGAAGAGCGAAGGCAACCAGCAAGCGAUGCUUCAGUCUCAGAAAUCGAUGGUUCAGCACGUUUUAGAACAGAAAAAGAAACUGGAAGAAGAGCUACAAGAGUUUAAAGAACAGAUUGAGGAAGCUGGGUUCUCUUCCAUUUCUCAGCUAAAGAAGGCCCUGCUUAGUCUAUGUCUAGAGAAUGCAGAACUCAAGGAACAAAUUGGAGAAGCAAAGUUGUCAGAAGUUUGGGAGAAAGAGGAUGAAAAUGAAGAUAAAGAGGAUUUGAGGUGGGGUAUCAAGAAACUGCAAGAGAAACUGCACACUUCAGAGAAUGGGACUGGCCUCCUUAAAGAACAAUUGACUCUAAAAAACCAAGGAUGCAAAGGCGCCAUCAUUCACCAGAUGACAGCUAACACAGCUCUGAUAAAUGAGCAAGAGCAGUGCACUUGCCAAGCUGUCUGUGACCAUUCACCAUUGUUGCACUGCAUACCCAAUAAAAUUAUGGGCAGCCCAGAAGAAAUCAAGGCUGAAGGAGGCAGAGUAUCAAGUAGUUUUGGCCAGAAGUCUGAACAAUCCCAAUGGAGUCAACAGUGUCACAAAAUACAAGACACACACUUGGUGUCAGAAGCCACCAUCCAGCCACAGAUAGCCCAGCUCAAACAAUACAAAGCCCUACUCGGUGAAUCUAUGGUACAGCAGAAUAACAAGCAGAUGCAGGUGGAUAUUCAAGACUUGGGCUAUGAAACCUGUGGGAGAAGUGAAAAUGAGGCUGAAAGGGAUGAGGCUACAAGCCCUGGAUGCAGAGUUCAUGAUGAGCAACUAAAGUUUUGGAAGAAAUCAGUAGAAGCCCCUCAAAACAGGCUGAUGAAACAGGAAACAUUCCUGGGUGUCAGUCAAAAUGAUGAGGCUGCAGUUCUCCGCCAGCAUAUUCAGGUUCUCCAGAUGCAAUUGCAAAGUUCCCACAAAGUUAUCCAGAACUUACAAAAUUGUGUGCGCUCUGUAUCCACUACCAGUGACUAUGGUUCUAUGGGAGAUCAGUCACUCAAAUUGAGGCAAGGCUAUACUCUGGGCAAUUCUUCUUCCCACAGUAUGACUGAUGAAGAUGAAGGCUGGCAAUCUGAUAGCGUUGGAACUUUCUGCCCACCAAGUCUCCAGUCCAAUAAAGAUUUGGCCAGCCUUAUACAGAGAGUAACCCUGCUGGAAGCUCAUAUGAAUGAGACCAAGCCAAAGGAAUUUUUGACAGAGGAAUUGAAAUGUACAGCCUCCUUGGGGUAG